AUGGUGCGCAUAAAUGUCCUGGCUGAAGCUCUCAAGAGUAUCAAUAAUGCCAAAAAGAAAGGCAAAUGCCAGGUCCUUAUUAGGCCAUGCUCCAAAGUCAUUGUCAAGUUUCUAACAGUGAUGAUGAAGCAUGGUUACAUUGGCGAAUUUGAAACCAUUAAUGAUCACAGGGCUGGGAAAAUUGUUGUGAACCUCACAGGCAGGCUAAAUAAGUGGGGAGUGAUCAGCCCCAGAUUUGAUGUGCAACUCAAAGAUCUAGAAAAAUGGCAGAAUAAUCUGCUCCCAUCCCGUCAGCUUGGUUUCAUUGUACUGAUAACCUCAGCUGGCAUCAUGGACCAUGAAGCAGCAAGACGAAAACAUACAGGAGGGAAAAUCCUUGGAUUAUUUUUCUAGGGAUUUAAUACAUACAAAUAAAAUGCCCUGGAGGACUCUGGUGCUUCCUUAAGUCAUUUUGAACUUUGUACAGCAGAGUAGCAAGAGCGUCUUCAGGAGCAUACAGCCUUUGUG